CCCCUGCAAAGCCCCCCCCCCUUCACAGGACGUGACGUAGCGUCACUUCCUGCGCGGUGACCAUGGCCGAUCUGGAGGCUGCGACGCGGGGGAAGACGGCGACGCCCUACCCGGCACCUAAGGAUGUGUCGGACAAGGUUCUAUGCGACAUGAUCUUCAACUACCAGAUUGCACACACGCAGCGCGAGAUGAACCGAGAGCAACACUGCGCACGGCUGCUGAAGCUGGCGCGCCUAGCGGAAGAGCUGGAGGCAGAUGAGUGGCGCUUCCGGCCGGUGGAGAAGCUGCUGGGAUUUUCCAACCAAUCCUGACUGCAUGUUAACACUUGUGCCCCCCCCACUCCCCCUGUGUGUGCAUGCACACUUACACACAAUUGUGCACAAACCACUGCUGUGUACUUGUGAACACACACACAGAGCCAUCCACAUCUCACAUUGCACACAUAGACAAAAAAAAUCAGAUACACCCCUUAUAGCCUUAACAGACUUUUGGGGCAAGCGUUGUUCGCGACACCAAUGACGGCCGGCACGGCACACGGGAAUGUGAGUGGCCAUUUCCACGCGACCUGGUUCAGGGGUUACACUGGGGUUCUGAGCAGUGGGGGGCAGGGGUCACAGGGUUCAUUGUGCAGUGCAUAAAUCACUACUCUGCCAAGAAUACUAUUUUCUAGCAAACAGCUGUUUGGUAGUUGGUGGUGCUGAUUAGUUCUGGGUCCUGCCACCGGACUAAUGACGGAGUGGGAAUUGAGGUCACGAUCACCAUCAGCCAUGGUCAAUCCACUGCUGGAUGACGUUCUCCCCUCAGUUGCUGCCACCCCUCCCGUGGUGGGUAGCGGUUUAUUUUAACCCGCGCUUGGUCGUCGCUACUCGAGAUGGCCGCGGUGUUAAACGCGCGCACGCAAACCUUAACGUCCACUUGUACACCAUGUAUAUACGUUGUGUAUAUUUGAAUAAAAUUGCAUACAAUUGCAUUUCUGUAAA